AUGGCGAUCCCAAAGCCUCAGGAGGCAACUGGCGGCGAACCCCUCAUCACCCGCAUGGUGGAGGAGGAUAAGGUGCGAUGGUGGAACAAGAAGAACCUCAGGAUCAUGUAUCUGUGGCUCUUCUGCUGCUGCAUGGGCGUCGAGAUCACGUCUGGCUUCGACUCUCAGCUCAUCGGCACGCUUCAGUUUUCCACCCCUUUCAACACUUACUUUGGCGAUGGCUACAAGGACAAGGAUAAUAAGCCUUCCAUCAACCCGAAUAUUAUUGGUUUCAUGUCUGCCUGCUACCAGCUUGGUUCCAUCCUCGCUGUUCCUGUCUCCCCAUGGCUGAACCAGCGCUAUGGCAGACGCAUGUCCAUCUUUGUUGGUUCUAUCAUCAUGGUCACGGGCGCCAUCCUGCAAGGAUUUGCCCAGCAUGUCGGCAUGUACAUCAUUGCACGUAUGCUGCUUGGGUUCGGUAUCCUGUUUGCUAUUGUCUCCGGAUCUGCCCUGAUUGGAGAGCUCGCAUACCCCAAGGAACGUCCAUUCAUGACUUCGCUGUUCAAUGCCUCGUACUUUAUCGGUUCCAUUACGGCCGCUGCGAUCGCCAUCAAGACAACCACCAUAAAGGGAAACUGGGGAUGGCGAAUCCCUUCACUCCUCCAGAUCUGCCCUUCGUUCUUGCAGCUCGCCACUGUCUGGUUGCUUCCCGAGAGCCCUCGUUGGCUAAUCAGUCGUGACCGUGACGAGGAAGCCCUUGCCAUUUUGGUCAAGUACCAUGCCGAAGGCGAUGCCAACUCGGAGCUUGUCCACGCUGAAAUGGCACAAAUCCGCUCCACCAUCAGGCUUGAAAUGGAGAACUCGAGCCAGUCAUGGUUGGACAUGGUCAGAACCCCUGGUAUGCGUCGCCGUGUGCUCAUUGCCGUUUUCCUCGGUCUGUUUACACAGAUGAGUGGCAACACGUUGCUCUCCUACUACCAAAAACUGCUCUUCGAGUUGAUGGGCUUCACCGAUGAUCACACCAAGACCCGCAUCAACAUGGCCAACCAGUGCUGGAGUCUUCUUAACGCCGUAAUCAUUGCCCUCGUUGUCACCCGCUUCCGCCGCCGAUGGAUGUUCAUGCUUUCGGCCGGAUCCAUGACCAUGGUUUUCAUGGCCAUUACCAUUUGCUUCCAGCGCCUCCAACUCGCCAAGAAGCACGGUACCACAAACUCACCGGCUCAGGUCGCAGCGCUGUUCUUCUACUUUGCCUACUCGCCUUGCUACAACAUCGGAAACAACUCGCUCACCUACACGUACCUUGUCGAAAUCUUCCCCUACGCCCAGCGUACCAUGGGUAUCGGUAUCGAGCAAAUCUUUGGAAAGCUGGCUGGCUUCUUCUCCAUCUACGUCAACCCCAUUGCUCUUACCGCCAUUGAGUGGAAAUACUUUGCCAUUUACUGCGGAUGGAUCACAUUCGAAUUCACCUUUGUAUACUUUGUGUACCCCGAGACAUACAACCGUACUCUCGAAGAAUUGGCAUUCUUGUUCGAAGAUGACCUUGCCGAUGAGGCGACCAGGGCGACGGAGAAGUCUGUCCAGGGCCAUGAGACUAUGGACCAUGGCAAGAUGGGAACAACAACUAUUGAGCGCGCUGCUUAG